GCUCUUCUUGUAAGAAGAAGCCGCAAACCUCCCAGUACUCUUCUUCGUCCUUGCAGAUUUCUCUAACCGAUUCUGUGAAGAUGUUCUCCGCUCAGAACAAGAUCAAGAAGGACAAGAAUGCCGAGCCGACAGAAUGCGAUGUGCAAGUUGCUCAGGCUUUGUUUGAUUUGGAAAACACCAACCAGGAGUUGAAAAGCGAGUUGAAAGAUCUUUACAUCAACCAAGCUGUUAACAUGGACAUCUCUGGAAACCGCAAGGCUAUUGUGAUUUACGUCCCAUUCAGAUUGAGGAAAGCUUUCCGCAAGAUUCACCCUCGUCUCGUCAGAGAGCUUGAGAAGAAGUUUAGUGGAAAGGAUGUUAUCUUUGUUGCCACGAGAAGGAUCAUGCGUCCUCCUAAGAAAGGUGCUGCUGUUCAGAGACCACGCAACAGGACUUUAACAUCUGUUCAUGAAGCUAUGCUCGAGGAUGUUGCUUACCCUGCUGAGAUCGUUGGAAAACGUACUCGUUACCGUCUUGAUGGUUCCAAAGUCAUGAAGGUGUAUUUGGAGGCUAAGGAAAGGAACAACACAGAGUACAAGCUGGAGACUAUGGUGGGUGUGUACCGUAAACUUACUGGAAAGGAUGUCACUUUUGAGUACCCAGUUGAAGCUUGAAAGUAAGACAUUGAUGAUGCUGAAGAAGAAUCAUCUUCAGGAUAGAGAAGAGAGGUUUUAAGUUUAUGUGUUUUGGUAUUUGAUGUAAUGAAUACUUUUUGUGCUUUUCAAUUUUGAAACCUAUGUUAUAAUUCAGUUUCAUGCCCAAGUUCCCACUUCAGCAGCACACUGAGAACAGAAUCUAAAGACUAGGCUUUAAAAGUGUACAUGAACACUUGCUUUGUUCAACUUAAAUAGAUUCCAA